AUGGGCGGUGAUAAGCUUCUCGACCAGAUCUUCAAUUUAAAAUUCACGGCUAAGCAGCUGGCACGUUCCGCCAUCAAAGCCGAGAAGGAGGAGAAGUCCGAGAAGCUCAAGGUUAAGAAAGCUAUUGAAAAGGGCAACAUGGAGGGCGCGCGCAUCUACGCCCAGAACGCCAUCCGCAAGAAGAACGAGCAGCUCAACUACAUGAAGCUCGCAUCACGGCUGGAUGCCACCGUCAGCAGGCUGGAAUCACAAGCCAAGAUGCAGAUGGUCCAGAAGAACAUGGCGGGCAUCGUCAAGAGCCUGGAGAAGGCGAUGGCGAUCAACAACCUGGAGACGAUUGCAAACACGAUGACCCAGUUCGAGAAGCAGUUUGAAAAUUUGGAUUUGCAAACCCAGGUGGUGGAUGACGUGAUGGGUGCCCAGGCCAGUCUGUCCACGCCAGAGGACGAGGUGACGGCGCUCAUGAACCAGGUGGCGGAGGAGCACGGGUUGGAGGUGGCGCUGGGGAUGCCCUCUGCCGCCGCCUCUGCAGGCGCCAAGGCCGCGGCGUCCAAGCAAGGCGAGGACGACUUAUCGGCGCGCCUGGCGGAGUUGCGGGGGCGAUAA